AUGCAAUAUAAAACUUUUAUGUCAAUAUUUAAACCCCCGAAAGAAAUCAACAGAUUUAUAUAUUCCAAUUUGCAAAAUAUUUUCAUAUUCAAAAAUAUAAAUAAAUGUAGCACAUUAAAUACAAGAUCUCAGUUUAAUUUCUCCACACAAUAUAGAGCUUCUGCAUUACACACAUAUCAAGAACAUAAUGAAGAAAGAGAAUGUGCUGAUAUAGAAUUAGAAGAGAAUGUAAAGGAUCCAUUUGUUAAGAGUACUUGUAUGAAUUCAUUGACUGAACAAAUGGUUGUUAAUAAUAUUGAUAAUGUAAGGCGUAAUAAAAAUAUAUAUGCUUAUCAUAAGAAUGUGUGUGAUAAAAUUAAGGAUGUGGUGAAUGAACUGAUUCAUUUAAGAGAUAGUAAAAAUAGGGAUGAACAAAAAAUAAAAUUAUUAAUGCCACAAAUUUUAGAAAAUAUACAUUCUUAUAAUUUAUAUGAAAUAACUGAAAUUUUAAACUGCCUGUACUUUUUUAAUAUAGUUAUUGUAAAAAGGGAAGACAUAAAUAGGUUAAUAAGUAGACUUAAAAUAUUAACAUUUAAUAUAAAGGAAAAGGAUAAUGUAUAUCCUUUAGUAUUAAAUUUGUUAAGAAUUAACAUAAGUAAAGAUCAUAUCGAUGAACAUAUAUUUAUGAAUAUAAAUAAAUUUUUAAACGAUUUAUUAAGACAUUUAUUAUUAUGUGAUAAUAUUAAGGAUACAUUAAAAUAUAUAUAUUAUAUAAGAGAAAUUCAAGUGAUAUAUGAAUAUGAUUUUUGUUUAUGGAUAAAUAAAAAAUAUAUAGAUAAAGAACAUGUAUCCUUUUUACAAUCUUUUAAUGCAUCUGUUAUAUUAAGAGAUAAAGAGUUAGAUUAUAUUUUUAUAAAUAAUAUAAAAAGUAUAUUAUAUGAAUUAAAUUUUAAUAUUCAGGAAAUUAAUAUGUAUAAUUAUCUAAUACCUAUAUUUCUAAAAGAGUUUAAUGUGAUUGUAGAAUGUAUAUCUGACUAUAAUACCUUUCAAGGAACGUUAUGUAUUACUCCAUAUUUUGUACAAAGAUAUAAAUUAUUUAAAAAAAUGAAUUUCAAAGUUUUAUUUUUAUAUAAACAACUAAUACCGGAAAAAAAAGAAGAUAAAAUAAUAUACCUAAAAAAUUGUUUAUAUGAUGUUUUAAAAUGA